UUAUUGUCUCCAAGCAACGUUCACAGAUCGACUAAAGCAUAAGAAAAAAACGAUGAACAACAGAGAUCGCUGGCGAGUGUACAAGAGGGUGACCGUCAUGUCCUUCCUGGCUGUGGUGGCGCUGACCGUCGUCCAGAGAGGGAGCAACAACAUGGGGCCUCCCUUCGAACUCGAGAGGCAGGCUCGCAUGGACGCCUCUGAGGGUGUGGAGACCGGGGCUCCUCUGGCCGAGAAGAUUGACUCGUACCUGGGCCUGAAGCACUUCUGGAAGCCUAGCAAGCACCAGCAGGUGCCGAGAGCCCGAGCCCCCUCGCAGGAGCCCCAGAUCAGCGAGGACAGCAGAACCUGGGAUAUAACAAGCUCCAACUGCACCGCCAACCUCAACCUCUCGAGUCAGGACUGGUUCAUCGGCCUGGAACCAACUUUCCAGCAGUUCUUGCGUUAUCGCCACUGCCGUUUUUUUCCCAUGAUCCUCAACCACCCGGAGAAGUGCAUAGGGGACAUACAUAUGCUCAUGGUAAUAAAAUCUGUGGCCACCCAGCAUGACCGCAGGGAGGUCAUCCGAAAAACCUGGGGCAAAGAGCAGGUGGUUGACGGCAAGAGGAUUAAGACCCUUUUCCUUCUUGGUCAACCCCCCAAUGAGGCAGAGAGGGUGAACCACCAGAAGCUUGUAGAGUUCGAGGACCAAAUCUACGGGGAUAUCCUCCAGUGGGACUUCCUAGAUAGCUUCUUCAACCUCACACUUAAAGAGACUCACUUUCUUAAGUGGUUCAACACUUACUGCCCCAGUGUGCGCUACAUCUUCAAGGGGGACGAUGACGUCUUUGUCAGCGUCCAGAACAUUUUUGAGUUUCUAGAUAGCACCAAGCAUGCGACAGAUCUGUUUGUGGGGGACGUGAUUUUCAAGGCGAAGCCCAUUCGCAAAAAGGAAAACAAAUACUACAUCCCCCAGGCUCUGUACAAUAAGACAUACUACCCUCCGUAUGCAGGUGGAGGGGGUUUUCUGAUGGACGGGACCCUGGCGAGGAGGCUUCACGUGGUGGCAGACACCCUGGAGCUCUACCCCAUCGAUGAUGUCUUCUUGGGCAUGUGUCUGGAGGUGCUUCAGGUCACCCCUGUAAAACACAACGCCUUUAAGACGUUUGGCCUGGUGAAAAAUAAGAAAAGUAAGAUGAACAGAGAACCUUGUUUCUUUAAGAGCAUGAUUGUGGUGCACAAGCUGCUGCCGUCGGACCUCAUGCACAUGUGGAAUCUGGUCAACAGUAACCUGGUCUGCUCACAGAAAGUACAGAUCCUAUAGCUUGAUGGGGGGGACGCCAGGUAAGGACAGCACCAACGGGCCGAGCUGCACCUCGGCGGACGCUAGUGCGCUGCGAGAGAGUCAAAGCAAACUUCCCAAUAAACUCUCCUUUAUGUGGAGAGGGAGCGUGGACAAUAUUUUUUUUCUCUGAGCGGUAAUGCAAUUUUUGGAGGAGUUUCCUCAAAAAAUCAAGUAAAUUAUAUAGAUUUUUUAAAGGCUGACUUAGAAUUGUGUAUUUAUGCUGGCAUUGUGAAGGACUCACACUGUCAGCACACAGAUUCAGAGACGAGGACCAAAGUUGAGCUGCUACGUCAACGGCCGCACAAAGGAGGACAGUCAUGCCCCCCACCCCCACCCCCAAUUGUGGCCAACACCUGUAUUUGUUCUUCAUUCUGGUUCGAUACUCUGGAGGUUUUUAUGGGCAGUAACCAAGGAGCCUUGUGGCAGUGAGCAUGCAUGAGCAAACUCGUUUGUGACUACACUUCAGAUGUUUGGGUUGAAAUUUAUUGUGGGGACAAGAAAAUGGAAAAAAAGUUUAGUUUGCAGUAGCAUAUAGCGCUUUCAGGCAGACAGGUGCUAAUGUGUGCCGUGGAGGCCUGGGUCGAGAAAGCCACCUCACACUGUGUGCAGCUUGUAGCUACGCUAGCAUUUUUGGUUUGCGCCAAGUGUUAAGCAUUGCCAGUGUGGCACGCUGCAGUGGCUGAAAAUGGCUUCAAGUAAGAGAAAGAAUCAACUCUCUCUACCUCAGUGAUUUGGUCCAAAAACUGUUCACUUUCGUCAUCGGUCAGCUUUUCGACUGACACGACACCAUAAUCAUCAUACGCAGCACAUGUUCCAGAAGUAACAUUUUAAUCACUUUUUGUAUCGUAGAGGUCCUUGCACUCAUUUUCUUUUUUUUUUUUCCUUUUUUUUUGGAAUGUGACUGACUUGAUCUGGACGUCUACUACUCCUGUACUACUGGAAACUUUGAAAAGAUAAUGUCUAAAAAUGUUACUUGUGUGCUGUCUGUGGAUUUGAAUGUGCUGAUAUACUUGAUAUGAACAUGGUAGAGGGUUUACACUGUGAACUAAAACUGUUGCUGGUACGAGUUAUCUGACAUGUUAAUUUAAUCGCAACUGCGGGAUUCUCUUAUUUAAUUUAACACAUCAGAUGAGGAUAUUAAUGGAAUCUUUGAUAAUUAUAAAGCUGAAUGUUGUGGGUGUAGUGGGUGAUGAUUAUGUCUCGGUGGUGUAAAUAUAUGUAAGAAAAAAAAAUCAAAAUGUACAUAGAUUGUCAUUUGUAAAUAAACAUAUUGACAAGACUGUU